UUGUGUAUGCAGUAUCAUCAUAAGCCUCUUUCCUCAGCAUAUAAUAAUAAGCUUGUGGUUGCGUCAACCCCAAAGGGCGCCGAAACCGGCGACUCUGUGUAGUAUCGUGUCGUAUCAAAAAUUUUGCAAGUGAAUAUGUCUCCCCUUACAUCCCGUGACUUGCAGCGAAUUUUUGAGAAGCUGGACAUGAACGAGGAUGGGUUGGUGAGCCUUGAAGAGCUGAAAUGGCUGCUGGACAAGAUAGGUUAUUAUGAGUUUAGCCCCGACGAGCUUGAAUCCUUCGUCGGCAAAAAGAACCUGGACUUGAACGGGUUCUUGUUCUUCUGGGAGUCCAUAUCGAAGCAGAACGAUGAUAACAGAGGGCCGGGGGAUGACGUGGAGAGUGACCUGGCGGAGGCCUUCAAGGUGUUUGACUUGGACGGAGAUGGGUUCAUCACCAGCCCAGAACUGGAGUGCGUGUUGAAGAAGCUCCACUUAUGGGACGACCACUAUGGCAGGGACUGCUCCGCCAUGAUUUGCGCCUACGACACCAACUCAGAUGGUCGCCUUGAUUUCCAGGAGUUCAAGAACAUGAUGCUCCUUGCCUCUUCUUCUUGAUCCUUUCUCAAGAACAUGAAGCUCCCCGCCUCUUCUUCUUGAUCCUUUCUUAUUGCUUGUCGUACUCCAUGUUCUUCUCACACUCUAAGCUAAGGCAGCCUGCUUGAUGGUUUUAUUGAUUUUUAAUAUGAAAGCCAAAGACGUACUAAAUCUGUCAUAAUCUCUGUGUGUGUGUGUGUGUCUGCAGCUGGACACUUUUUGCUUUACAUGAUUGUUCAUAGAUGUAUUUGCUAGCCAUUAUCGUUAGUUAAAGAUUGAAUUUCAAAAACAUAUGAUAGACAUGGCACCCGAUUUGAAAUAGCAUCACCACUUCAGCAAAUUUAUAAACGGAUUGUUAAAGCAAACAAGAUGCUGUU